AUGGCAGGAAAGAAAGGUAAACACGAAGAGGAACACAAGAUUCUUCUAGGAAGACCAGGUAAUAACCUUAAAUCUGGUAUUGUUGGUCUUGCCAACGUUGGUAAAUCUACAUUCUUCCAGGCAAUUACUCGUUCUCCUUUGGGAAAUCCAGCAAACUAUCCAUUUGCUACUAUUGAUCCAGAGGAGGCUCGUGUGAUUGUUCCAUCACCAAGAUUGGACAAAUUAUUCAAAUUAUACAAACCACCUAAGAAAGUGCCGGCAUACAUUACUGUUUACGAUAUUGCUGGUUUGACCAAAGGUGCGUCCAAGGGUGAAGGUUUGGGAAAUGCAUUCUUGUCGAACAUCAGAGCUGUCGAUGCAAUCUAUCAGGUUGUCCGUUGCUUCAAGGAUCCGGAAAUUACGCAUAUUGAAGGUGACGUUGAUCCAGUGAGAGACUUGGAAAUUAUCUCGAAUGAAUUGAGGUUGAAGGAUAUUGACUUCGCCACGAAAUAUCUUGAGAACGUCCAGAAAACUGCAGACAGGGGUGGACAAUCUUUAGAGGUCAAGGCUGCCAAAGAAGAAGUUAAGACUGCACAGAAGGUGAUCGACUUGUUGAAGGAGGGUAAGAGAGUUGCAAAUCAGAAAUGGGACGUCAAGGAGGUCGAGGUGAUCAACAAGAUGCUCAUGCUUACCGCCAAGCCAUGCAUCUACUUGAUCAAUCUGAGUGAGAGAGACUACAUCAGAAAGAGAAAUAAAUGGCUCCCAAAGAUUAAGCAGUGGGUUGACACCAACUCCCCAGGUGACACAAUUAUUCCAUUGUCCAUCUGUCUAGAGGAGAGGCUUUCUCACAUUGAGACCGAUGCCGAGAGAGAGGCUGAGGAGGAGAAGAUUGGUGCACACUCUGCCUUGCCAAAGAUUAUCCUUGCUAUGAGAAAGCUUUUGCAUUUGAUCUCUUUCUUCACCGCCGGUGAGACCGACGAGGUUAGAGAAUGGACUAUCAGAGAAGGUACCAAGGCACCACAAGCUGCUGGUGUUAUUCACACCGAUUUGAUGAAGACCUUCAUCUUGGCCAAUGUUAUGAAUUUCAAUGAUUUGGAAGAACUUGGAAGUGAAGCUGCUGUUAGAGCCGCCGGAAAGUUGAUGCAAAAGGGUAAGGACUAUGUUGUUCAAGAUGGUGAUGUCAUAUACUUCAAGGCCACUGCCGGUAAGAGUUAA